AUGUUAUUGAACGUUAAUAUACACCCUGCCCCUCCCGCCCCGCUUACUACGCCGCUAUACUACAGCCUCGACACCCCUCCCCCUCCCGCCGGCACCCUCCGCACCCCCCUCCCGCCGCCGUCGCCCUGCCCCACUAAGUGCGGCACGUGUGGGAGUCUGCGCGGGCGUCGCCAACGGCCGUCGGGAUGCUAUUUCCGACGCAGCGGUCGGCGGAGGCUGACUCACUGCACUUUCACUGCAAAUAGAGCUGCUCGUCUGCCGAUAAACGCUGCAUCACUGCAUUUAGAUGACCGCCGGCCCCGCGGCUGGGCCUACGUCACACGCUAG